AUGAGACUUCUCAACCCUCUACCAGAAAACAAUUGGAGAGACCCGGGACGGGGAGAACGCGUUGCACCACCUGCGAACCAGCUACACCACGACGGUGCCAUUGCACCCGCAGUAGGCGUGCACGAGCUAACGCAAGCCCAGCUAAACCCAGGACCAAAAAGAUAUAGUAACGCGCUUGUCACCAUGGUCGAGGAUUGUCUGAGACACAAUGCCACCCAGCGAUCUACUGCUGAUAAUUUGCUGCAGACUAUAAAUGCAAAUGCGAAUUUCCAGGGAAUGGACACAGCAACAGCAGCGAAUCUGACUGCUGCCCAGAGGGAACUUUGCGUAGAUCUCGACAAUGAGCAAUACAGAAUCGGCUCAUUGUUCUAG